UGCAAAUUUUCUGAUAAGAAUUUUCGGGAGUGUUCGAGAAAGCUCCAAAUAGUCAAAGUGCGAAGCUUCGAGUACUUUCUGCAGCUGUUUAAAUUGUUGCGCUCGCCGGUGCCGGGCAUCAGUUGCAAACAAGCAGAGCUCGAGUACAAAUCUCAAGUGAGAACAAAUCAACUAGAAAGCUAGAAAGUGAAGUGAAAUUUUCACAGCAAAAGGAAAAUUCUCAAAGAAAAAUCAGUGAAAUCAGUCAGAUUUUUUUGAAGAACAAGAAGUAAAGAAAUUCAGUGAGAAAAAAUGUCUCUUCUGCCAAUUUUGUGGAACAUUGCUGAGGAUUUUGACCGCAUGGACCCAUGCUUUGGAGUGAGCUUCAACCCAUACGAAUUAAGGCUGGCCCAUCGUUUGCCACAGCUCCUCCGGAUGCCAGCUGGGUACCAUCGUCACUGGAAGCUGGAUGAGGGUGAACGUGAGAAGGCAGCUGCCAGCAAGACGGCUGUGACAGCGGGUAAGGAUGGCUUCCAAGUGUGCCUGGAUGUGCAGCAAUUCGCCCCCAAUGAGAUAACGGUCAAGGCUGUGGAGAACUCAAUUGUGGUUGAGGGGAAGCACGAAGAGCGUGAGGAUCAGCAUGGGUACAUCACACGUCACUUUGUCCGGCGAUACAUGCUGCCCAAGGAGUACGACAUUGAACAGGUUGUCUCCACUCUCUCAUCUGAUGGUGUACUCACAGUGCGGGCUCCUCCGGUUGCCAAUGCUCUGGAGCAGAAGGAGCGCGUCAUCCAGAUUCAGCAGACUGGGCCGGCUCAUCUCUCCGUGAAGGACAACACCAAAGAUGAAGCCAAGGAUGACAAGGAGGCAAAACAGAAUAAGAAGUAAGAAAAAAAGGAUAUUCAGGAUAUUCUUUUCUUAAUUACCAACCAUAUAUAGACUUUGAGACUAGACUGCUUCAUUUUUUUUCCUUUUUGUUGAAAUAUGUAAUAUCAUUAUUUUUUUUUAAUCAUAAAAAUCAUGCUUGGAAUAAGGAAUAUAAAAAUAUGAAAAAAUAAGGAUUUGAAUAAGAGAUUUAUAAAGCUUUGAAUAUUAAAAUUAAUUUGAGUCAAAGAAAAAAAAUUCGAGUUAGAAUUAAUUUGAGUCAAGGGUUUUAAGAACUUUCAAUAAGAAUUAAUUUCUUAGGGAGUUUAGAUCUUUGAAUAGGAAUUAAUUUCUUAGGGAGUUAAGGUCUUUGAAUUAAAAUUAAUUUCAAUUAAAGAUUUAUAAUUUUUUUGAAUAAAAGUUCGAGUCAAAAAUUAAAAAUUUUGAUUUAGAAUUAAUUUAAAUUAAGGGUUAAGAGCUUCGAAUUAGAAUUAAUUUGAUUAAAGGAUUAAGACAACUUUUAAUUUGAAUUAAUUUCUAUUAAAGAGUUAAGAUCAUUAAGUUAAAAUUAAUUUUUUUUGAAAGAAUUUUGAUUUUUGAUCUAAAAUUAUUUUCUAUUAAAGAUUUAUGAUCUUUUGAGUAAAAAUAUGAAUUAAAAUUUUUUUUAUUAAAAUUAAUUUUAAUCAAGGUUUAUGUACUUUGUAUUAGAAUUAAUUUCUAAAGUAGGAACUUAAGAUUUCUGAGUAAAAUAAAUUGAAUUAAAAAUUUAUUAGCUUUGUGAAAUACAAUUAUUUUUCAUUAAAAAAAUAUAUGAUCUUUAUAAAAUAAGAUAAAAAAAUAAAAUUAAUUUUAAUAAAGAGUUUAUAAACUACUAUAAAUGAUAAUUACUUACCAUAAUGAUUAAUGAUUUAGAACACUUAGAAUUAUGUACCUACCUAAGCAUUUUAUGACACUUAGCAAUAAUUUAUGUGAGAUUAAAUAAAAACACAAAAGUUUAAAAAGAAAA